GUCUACAGAGAGAUGCCAUUGCCAUCACUCUCUCUCUCUCUCUCUCUCUCUCUGUAUAAAGUUGGAUGUGUGUGCAGUUAGUAGUUAAUGUAGACAAAAGCAAAAGCCGGCUUCUCUCUUCUUACGUUCUAUGCUCUCUCUCUCUCUCUCUCUGCCAACAUCCCCCCCCCCCCUCUCCUCACCAGCAAGCAAUAACACACGCCCAAGAAAAUUUUUUAAUUUUUUAAAAAGAAAAUAAAGUCUCUUUAUAUUCCCUCUCUGCUAUUGCUAUUGGUGUUUCUUCAACUCGUCGAUUCCUUUGCUUUGUCGAUUUGACUCGUGGGAUAGAGAGAGAAGUGAAAGCUAUCCUAACCACCAGAGUUUCAUUCCAUGUUUCUUUUGAUGGGAUUUUGGUGAAACAUAUAUUCAAGCAAAAACAAAAAAGAAGAAGACAAAUGGGUUUUUAGAGUAAUGAAAUUCUGAUUGAGUUUUGGAUUGCAUCUCUGAGUUUUGACGGAUUCGUGAACCGCUUUGUUAUUGGUUUCUGGAGAUGGGUUGUUUUUCUUGUUUUGAUUCAAGGGAAGAAGAGAAGCUGAAUCAAGAGAAACAAUCUGUUGAUCUAAAGCAAACUCUGCCUCCAGUUUCUUCUAACAUUUCUAAGUUGUCUUCUGGAGCUGACAGGUUCAGAUCAAGAAGCAAUGGCGAGCAAUCCAAAAGGGAAUUACCGAGUCCAAAGGAUGCACCUGGUGUCAAUAUAGCUGCUCAUAUUUUUACUUUUCGUGAGCUUGCAGCUGCAACCAAGAAUUUUAGGCCAGAGUGUUUCUUAGGGGAAGGGGGAUUUGGACGUGUAUAUAAAGGGCGUCUUGAGAGCACUGGUCAGGUUGUUGCUGUCAAACAAUUGGAUAGGAAUGGCCUCCAGGGUAAUAGGGAAUUUCUAGUGGAGGUUCUCAUGUUGAGCCUUUUACAUCAUCCAAACCUUGUGAACCUGAUUGGCUAUUGUGCUGAUGGGGAUCAGCGGCUUCUUGUCUAUGAAUUUAUGCCCUUGGGAUCAUUGGAAGAUCACCUUCACGACCUUCCACCUGAAAAGGAACCACUAGAUUGGAACACAAGAAUGAAGAUAGCUGCAGGUGCAGCCAAAGGCUUAGAAUACCUGCAUGAUAAAGCAAGUCCUCCUGUUAUUUAUAGGGAUUUUAAGUCAUCCAACAUAUUACUUGAAGAAGGAUUUCAUCCAAAGCUUUCUGAUUUUGGGCUUGCAAAGCUUGGCCCCACUGGGGACAAGUCACAUGUUUCCACCAGGGUUAUGGGUACUUAUGGUUAUUGUGCUCCUGAGUAUGCCAUGACCGGACAAUUGACUGUAAAAUCUGACGUCUACAGUUUUGGGGUAGUGUUCUUAGAGCUGAUUACCGGUCGUAAAGCCAUUGACAGCACUCGACCACAUGGAGAACAGAACCUCGUGACAUGGACACGCCCAUUAUUCAAUGAUCGUAGGAAAUUCUCAAAAUUGGCAGACCCACGACUUCAGGGACGUUAUCCAAUGAGAGGGCUCUACCAGGCUUUAGCUGUGGCGUCCAUGUGCAUCCAGGAGCAAGCUGCUGCACGUCCUCUCAUUGGGGAUGUGGUCACCGCACUUUCUUAUUUAGCGAACCAGGCAUAUGAACCUAAUGGUCAUGGCUACAGAGGUUUGGGGGACAGGGAUGAGAAGAGACAUAGAGAGGAGAGAGGCGGACAGUUAUCAAGGAAUGAGGAAGGCGGAGGAUCUGGACGCAAAUGGGAUUUGGAUGGGUCUGAGAAAGAGGACUCGCCAAGGGAAACUGCUAGGAUGUUAAACAGGGAUUUGGAUAGAGAACGAGCUGUUGCCGAGGCCAAGAUGUGGGGAGAAAAUUGGAGAGAAAAAAGACGACAAAGUGCUCAAGGAAGUUUUGAUGGCAGUAAUGGAUAGCACACAAUAAUAGUAGUAAUAAUGCCUGGCAUCAUUUUUCCUUAUUGUCUUGUUUCCUGCACUUCAUCACCACCGAGUAAAGAAGAAACUUUGGAAAUUUAAGCUUUGCUUGAACUGUCCAUCCAGACAGCUGCUUGUAAGGAAUUUGAUGCCAAUUUCUUCGUAAAACUUGUUUUACCA